AUUGACCGUAAAACAAUCAUUCAUGUCUGGAAAACUGUAGAUUGGCAAAAACACGUCCACACUGCCAUUCUAGAUGGAUAUAAGGUUAUAGUUUCUGGCACUUGGAAUCUCAAUGACAUACAAAAUGAUCUUGAUUGGAUGAGAUAUUACGCACAGAAUAUCAGAGAUUUCGGAGGCUCAUUUACGCAAACAUACUCAGUCAUUGGAGGUGAAGCUACACUGUGGAGCACACGUGUGGAUGCGACGAAUAUAAUGUCACUAGCGUGGCCUAGAGGUGCUGCUACAGCUGAACGACUUUGGACGAAACGCCCUGACAGUAUAGACGAAUUCGGAAAGAGAUUGGACGAGCUUCGAUGCAGAAUGCGCCA